AAAAGUUCUAAAUUCCCAUCAAAAAGUAAAGUAUUUUACUCCACUUUUCUAUAAAGUUUCAAACCGAAAAUAAUUAUUGUACUUUUUCCAUACUCAAUCAACAAAAAAUCAAAUGUAGUGUAUUUUGAUUAAGAGCAAGUGUGUAACUUAGAGAUAAGCUAAAAAUAAAUUUUACAAAUAUCCAAUAUGAACACUAUUAGCAAGACAGCUCGUAUCGUACGCAAAAGACCUUUUAGAGUGUCAAUUGAAGGAAACAUAGGAUCUGGAAAAUCAACAUGUAUAAAAUUCUUCAACAAGUUUCAUAAUGUUGAACACCAUACUGAGCCUCUACAUGAAUGGAGAGAUGUUAGUGGCCACAACUUACUUAGCCUAAUGUACAGUGAUCAGAAGAAAUGGAUCUUUACAUUCCAGCACUAUGUACAUCUGAGUCGGCUUAAAAUUCAAACAAGCCAUCCUUGUAAUUCUAAUAUAACAGUUAAAAUGUUUGAAAGAUCAGUUCAAAACAGUAGAUAUUGUUUUGUCGAGAAUGCUAGAAGGCAAAACUUUUUAGAGGACCCUGAAUAUCAAACAUUAUUAGCUUGGUAUGACUACACUGAGAAGUGCCUCGAUACUAGCCUAGACCUAAUUGUAUACUUGAAGACAUCGCCACAAGUAGUGUGGGAGCGUGUAAUGAGACGAGGCAGAGCUGAAGAAUCUGAAGUUCCUUUAGAAUACUUACAACAGGUUCACGACUCUUAUGAGUCAUGGUUGAAUUCCGAAGUUGGCUGUGAAGUUCUGACGAUAGACGCUGAUAGACCUAUAGAUCUAGUCAAAGAAGACUUAGAUCGAUACACAUACAAAAUACUGGGUGGAAAUCAUACAAAUUAAUUGACUUGUACAUAACCUGUGAUUGUUAGAUGGUUUAUGACUUUUAAAAUUUUUUCAACCUAUACAACUUGACAACAGUAUGAUUUGAAAUACUGGUUUUAUUUUAAUUUUAAAUUUAAUUUAUUAUUGGUGCUAAGGCAUUUUGUGAGCCCACAUAGGUAAGUACCACCACCCUACCUACUAUGCUGUCAAGCAGUAAUGUGUUUGGGUUUUUAAGGGUGGGGGACUGUUGCUGUACUAAAAAUUGAAACUUAGACCGCUUGUUUCAAAAGCUGACUGCAUUUAUGUCAUUAAUGUUUAUGGGCUCCAGUAACCACUCAACACUAGUCAGCCCAUGAGUUCAUUGACCCAUCUAGGUAAUCAUGAUUGUUUAAUGGUGUUUGAAUCAGACCAUUUCAUUUUAUUUAAAAAUAAUAAUUGAAAACGUAGCAAAAGAACACCAAACAGCUGAGUUAUCUGCUUAUAUCAAGACUAUUUGAAAUUUAAGUCUAAAUAAACAUUUUGAAUUUAACUCUCUUGGUGUAUUCAGUAUUAUUAUUGUAAGCAUUAACGUUAUGUAGUCUGUUUGUCAGAUUUAUUAAAUAUUUUAAAGGUUGGUUAUUAUUGUAGAUAUAAUAUUUCUAAGAAAACUGUUUUU